CAAGACUCAUCCGUAACCACCGAUACAGUCAUCACGAGUGCUCAAGACGCAGAGUUACAAACUCAAGUCUCUCGUGUUGUUGUAAUUGCUAUUGAUCAAUCUGAGCAUAGUCAGAAUGCAUUCGAUUGGGCAGUUAAAAAUUUCUUAAGAAAAGAUAGCGAUUUGGUUAUACUAGUCAAUGUACGACCGCUUACAACGACUCCUGGACCAUACGCAACUAUUGGUGCUAGUUAUAUGGAUCUCUCUGAAGUUGCAGUGAGUUUAGAGGAACAGCAUCGUGUUAACAGUCAUACUCUUUUAAGAAAAUUUGCAGAGAAACUAAAAAGUCAUGAUUUUGCUUGCAAAGCCAUAGCUAUGCAGGGAGACGCACGCGAGGAAAUCGUUCGUAAGGUCACUGAAUUAAAUGCAAAUGCCUUAAUAGUUGGAUCUCGUGGUUUAGGUGCUUUGAAACGGUUAUAUAUUCCUUGGUUCUCUCAACAAUUGAGAGUGUGA